AAAUCAAAUCCAACUCUCGGCCGAAUUAAUCACUCAAUCGUCCGUUCGCCGAAACUCUAAUUCGCUCUGUUCUCCGUAGAAACGAAUUCCGCAGGAGCAUUUUUAUUCCGGAAAAAUAUUUAGCGCAACUCGAUUUCGCGUUUUGGGCCAAAUCCAGCCCAGCCCAAUAGGCCCACUAAGAAACCCUAACCCUAGGGCUGCUUCUAUAAAUAGGGGUGCUCACUUGGCAAAUUUUCACUCCCACCCCUGCAUUUUCCCUAGCCGCCACUCUCUCUUCUCCUUGUCUUCUUCUCCCAUGCACACAGCCAGCGCGCAGGGAGCUCGGCUCCCUUCCUCCCAUGGCGCCCAGGCCUGCUCCUCCCCUCGGCCAGCCAGGGCGCGGUGGCCCCAGCCCCUGCCCCUUCUUCCUCGCGCACGCUGCAUCUCCCAGCUCGGCCUCGCCAUCGCGCAGCAGCAGACGCCAUCUUCUUCCCUGGAUUCCCCACGCCAGCAACAGGGAGCACGACUCCUUCCCUCCAUGGCCGGACCGCCCUCCCCCUGCUGCCGGCCGACAGCAGCUUGACAUCUUCAACCUCAGCCGCGAGCUCCCUCCUCGGCUGCUUCCAGCCCAACUCGGCGCCCUUGCUGCCGGCGAGCAGCAGCUCCCUGGAUCCAUGGCGCCGGUGAAGCUCGAGCAGCCAAGCUCCCAGCUAUGGCGCCCGCUCCCUGCAGGGAUGCAGUUCCCUUGGCCGACGCCCAGCGGAGCAGCCAUGGCCGAGCUCCCUGGGAGCACGCCGGUGCCCCUGCUCUCCCCUUGGCCGCCAGCAGCCAUGGCUGCUAGCCCCCGGCGAGCUCGAGUUCUUCUCCCUGGCCGCCCUGCUCCCUGUCCACGGCGCCCAGGAAUUCCAACAGCAUCAUCUCCCUUCCCCAAACUGCUCUUGCCAUGGCCGAUUCUUCCCUGCGCCCAGCUCCUCCUCGCCAUGUGCCCGACGCCCCUCGCUGCGUAGCUCCUCCACGAUGCAGCACCGCUGUUCCUGCAGCCCCGGCCCCUCCACCGACUUCCUCGCUGCCAGCGCUGCGCGCGUGCCACGUGCUCGACAAAAUGUCCAAGUGGGGUGUUGCGCAGUGAGCAGCACGCCGUGAUGCCCCCCCCCCCGGUGUUCGCUGUUUUUGCGCAAUCCCAACAUCGACGCCGUUCACCCCGGUGAGACCGCGCAAAUCCUCGUUCGAUUCCGCAUCGACAUUAUUUUCCUAUGAUUAAUUAUGUAUGUGUGCUGCUUUGUUUUAUUUUUGUGGAGGAGAGAACCCUGCGUUUUGCGAGAAGAAGGCCAAUCAUUCAACGCUCGUCGGAUGUUUGGAGCGAUGCACAAAUCGGAAUCACCGUCAUUCUUGCAAACACCGUUUGGGUUUGUUUAUGGACCGAGAGAUGCCGAUCGAGCAAAUGAUGUGGUGACAACCACAAGACGCAGUUGGUGGACGACCUGAAGAAUGGACUUAACCAGUGGAUGCUCGCCGAGCGAGCACCUCCCCCAGCAAACACUGUCUAAGUGUUAAACUAAAG